AUGACGACUGCCCGCUCGCGUCCUGUCGCGUUUGUCUGUGUCAUUCUGCGAUAUCUUGUCAACGUCCCACAUUGCUUGACGGACCUCUUAGUGCGAAUGGCAAAUCAAGUAGUGCAUAACAUGCGAUGCUUAAAUUCAUUCGAUCAGACACAAAUGCUAGCUCAUCAGAAGAACGCCGAGCUAUUAGAUACUACGUAUAGCGACACAGAAGCUCCCGAGGAAGAAAUAAGUGACUUGUCUUCAGAUGAAGAUGAGAUUCAGAAAGAAAGUAGCGAGAAGGAAAAGAUCCCAACACUUGUUAGCACAGCACAGAAUCAGCUGUUCGACGGUCUACAAUUCUAUCUGGCCGUUAGCCAGGUGCGCGAACACACUGUCAGGUCCGUGCUGACGCUGGGUAUGACCAAGACGUUGGCAACAUUAAAGGAGCGCAGGCACGAUAAAUCCAUUGCAGUAAUUGAACAGCGAUACCCCGACUUCACAUGCUUUCCUAUACGCACUAAAAACGCGGCCGUACAACCGAUUUCUAAAGUUGAGCAACCACCUCUCGACUUGCUCGCGGCGCUACAGCUAUCACCAAUAAGAGCUACAGCACACACUCAAUCUUGUACUAAAGUCGCAGCGAGAUCUCACCUUGCUGGGAAUGAAGAAGGACGGGCACGUCGUCCAUCACUAUCACUGCAUGGCCCCAACAUUUCUCGGGUCGCUUAG